CGACGCCAUGAUCCUUGAACCUCUCCACACAUUCAGUUUUGCACUUGCCAAGCACGAUCGCGUCCCGCAUGCUGCCCCCGUCGUCAUCGCCGUCGUCGUCCGAUAGCGUCUCCAAGAAGCGGCCGCGCGAGACGAACGAAGGCGCGUGGUCGGCCGACGAGCACGAGCGCUUCCUCAUGGCGCUCCAGCUGUACCCGGAAGGCCCGUGGAAGGCGAUCGCAGAGAUUGUACAGACGCGCAACGCCAAGCAGACGCAAACGCACAUGCAGAAUGACAAGGAGAAGCUCGUGCGCCAGCACCGGCGCGACCACGCCAACGAUGAGCCGCUCACGUGCGUCCGCUCCAAGCACUCGGCCAACCUCAAGGUGCCCGCAAUCGAGCCGAUUCCGUUUACCGCGCCCAGCGCAUCCAUCGACGACGUGGGGACCGACCUCCCGCUCGACGAAGCACUCGACUUUUUCUGCAGCCUCCCCAACGCGUGACCGCCCGCCCUUCUUGAUGUCUCUUGUCGCGUUGUGUAAUAUGACUGUGUACCAGCAUUAUUGAACUCUUUG